AUGCUAAAACGCCAUUCUGCACCCGCUGUCAACAGAACGGUCUCCUCUGUCAUUAUCUUCCGUCUCGACGAGGUGGACGCAGGAUACCUCGACAGGAUACUUCAUAUAGCGGGGGCCGUCUUACGCAGUCAACCCCAUCCACACAUCUGCUAUCAACCGAGCUCUUCUUCCCAGAGCGAUGCUUCUGUCGAUCGCCCAUCGCAGACAGACGCGCAUCCUGAUCUCAGCAUUCCUCCUGACCCGGUUCCAUGGCCAGUGAUUCUUCCUGGGGAUGACUCUCGGCAAGCCCCAGCAGAACCUGUCAGCAAAUCAUGGUUAUCCGAUGAUCGCUUACCACGCUUGUAUUAUGAAAACUUCCAUGUGGCACAUCCUAUCCUGGUUCCCAGCGUCCUAUAUAGCGACCGGAACUACCCUCGGCUUUUGCAGCUAGUGGUGCAUUUCGUGGGAUCUCACUACAUAGCGUCUAUAUCCAGUCAGCAGUACAAAGACCAGGUUGUUGCUGAGCUGCCCUCCACCCUAGACCGGUCGCCGUGCAUGGUUCAGGCUUUGCUGAUCUAUUCUAUUGCACUUUAUGCUCGCGGCGAAUGGCCUGAAGCCCAGGAGACGCUUUCUCGCGGCAUUGAUAUUGCUUUGGGCCUCGGUAUGAACCGGUGGGCAUUCGCCUCGUCUGCUCACCCCGAGACCUCUACUGAGGCAGAGAGCAUGAGAAGGACCUGGUGGGAGCUGUAUAUCACAGAUAUAUUCAUGGCCGCGCCACGCAAAACUAUUACCUCCCGAUGCAGCACCGUGCCCCCAGAGGUGGCCUUGCCCUGCGAAGAGUCGGUCUAUAGUGGUCGCGGCGAAAUGCCCAAGCCACGCAUGAUCAUUGAUUUCAAACGGCGGGUGUUCGCGGAAGACGACCCCGUCUUUUCAUCUUUCAGCUACCGCAUCGAGGCUACAACAAUCUUAUGUCGAGUCUUGGUGCUCAACCGGCUCCGAGACGGUCACCGCGAUCACCUCCAGGCAGUGGAAAACGCGCUGGUGAGCUGGGUCAACCACCUGCCACCGAAGAAGCUAGACAUUGUCGACUCGUACGGCAACGUCGACGAGAUGAUGUUCCAGGCGCAUUUGACGAUCGCCUAUGCUGCGAUGCUCCUGCACCUGCCGCGCAGUGAUCUCCAGUCGGUGUUGUCGCAACCAGACGACCGCUUCUGGCCGGGGGCGCCGGGUCAGCUCUCAUCGACAUUUACCCGUCUUGUGCAUAGUAUUAAGGCCACGGAGGCCUCAAGACGCGUUUCGGACUCUAUUUCGGUGUGUCCGAAUGUCCCGAAACAUACACCCUUCAUCAUCCCGGCGCUGGCCUUGUGCGGCCUCAUCCAGCUCGCCACUUCGACGAGCCACUCGGAAGAGUGUUUCGACCACCACUGCAAUCGGAUCACCCUGAUCCUGGGCUGUCUGAAAAGCACACGGCGGACCUGGGCCAUGGCGGAGUCGGCGUACCACUGUCUCCGGUCGUCGGCGGCAGACGUCUUGUCGGACUCGAUGGAUAAGUGGAACGCCGAGCCGCUGGAUCGACUCAUCCCUACCGAGCUGGCGCCGGUCGAUCCCGAUCGGUCCACUCACGGCGAGCAACCUGCUACGUCUGUCAUGGACGGCCGCGGCUUUACGCCGCCGGAGUUUGCUCCCGCGUUUAUUGAUCCGACUUGUUACAAUGCCUCUUUUUUCAGCGCCAUCCCGGAAUUUGAUCUCAACUGA